AUGGCAUCUGUUGAUCCAACAAUUGCCACCACUGUUGCAAUUGCUAAUACAACAAAAACUGCUUGGGAUGCAUUACACAUAGCCUAUGCGAAUAAGUCCCAAACUCGUAUUUUUAAUUUACGUGAUCGCCUUACACGCCUGACAAAAGAUUCUCAACCAAUCAUCGAAUAUUUGCAACAUAUUCGCUCUAUUUCUGACGAACUCUCUAUAGCUGGUGCCCCAAUUACCAACUCAGAACUUAUUGUUAAGAUCUUGAGUGUUUUGGGUCCAGAGUUUCGUGAGAUCUCUACUGCGAUCCGUGCUCGUGACUCCACUAUUUCUUAUGAAGAACUGUAUGAAAAACUAUUAGAUCAUGAGCUUUUCCUUCUCCAUGAAGAGUCCAAGCAAGCUCCCAACCAGAUUACUGUUGUAGCUGCUACAUCUAACAGGUCUGUUCAUUCCAAUUCUCGGAACACUCGUCAGCCCAACAAUGGCGCUCCAACAAUUGCUCUACUACACCCAAUCAGUGUCGAUCUUCCACUACCACCGACUCUUAUGAUGGCACCAACAGAUUCUUGGAUUGUCGACUCUGGAGCAUCUCAUCAUAUCACUGCUGAACCUCACAACUUGCAGGCAUACAAUGGCAUGGAGCAUGUCUCCAUGGGUGAUGGGACUCCUUUGGUCCACGAUCAGAGUAGAGACGGUCUUUAUGAGUGGCCAACUUCACCGUCGGUGCCUUCCCCACAAGCACAUGCUACCUCCUCCAAUUCGUCAUCUAUUAUCACUUAG